UUAAAUUCUAGAAGGAUAAUUAAAUUAAAAAAAAUGAGUGAAUUUUCAAUUUAAAGGAUUGAAGGUAGAAAGAGUUCUAUUGAUAUUGAUGAUAGAAAUGGGUUGAUUUCAGAUCUAUAAGUGUUAAAAGAAGAAGAAAAGUCAAGUUAACCAUAACUUAAAUAUAUGAUGUAAUCCUUUUUUUAAUUAUAGGAGUUAGAACUCAUCGAUUAAUAAUGAGGAAGUAAUUGAUUAGGAAUUUGAUAUGAAUUCAAUUUAAUAGAAAAUGAAUAUUUAGAUUAAAAGUGAGUUGUAAAUUUAAAGUAAUAAACAACCAAACCUUAGUACAUGUUAUUUUAAUUCAAAUGAAUAAAAAAGAUAAUUGAGAUCAAGAAGAAAACUUAAUUUGAAAUAAUCUUUAAUUAAUUUUCAAUCUGAAAAUAAUUCUUUUUCUUUAAAUAUAAGUAAUCCUUUUUGCAAAUGUACUAAAUCAAACUGUUUAAAAUUGUAUUGCUAAUGUUUUCAUUAAAAUUCAAAAUGUUCUGAUUUUUGUAAAUGUAUGGAAUGUAAAAAUAGAAUAGAAUAUUUAGGAAUUAGAUUUAAUGCAAUAGAAAAGAUUAAAUAAAAAUUAUAUAGAUAGAAAAAUGAUGAUGAUUUAUUUGAUAGAUCAAAAAUUUGGGGAUGUAAAUGUUAAAAAUCUUAAUGUUAAAAGAAUUAUUGUGAAUGUUUUGUUAGAAAUUAGAAAUGCUCAUCAAAUUGUAGAUGUAAAGAUUGUGAAAAUAAGAAACGAUUUCCAUAAAAAUAAAAAAAGAAAUAAAAAAGAUGA